UCUGGAUUGGUGUUACCUGCUUUCCAAUAAUGUAUCCACGACUAGAGAUUGCAAUCUGCGCUGGCAAUCUAUCUAUGGGAGGGUCAGAUCAGAAAACGGAUAGACCCUCUGUAUGAAAAUGACAGUAUUGUGGUUUCCUAUAUCCUAUCCGCCGAUUUUGACGUUUGCUUUGACAGGUAUUGUCAUCCAAAUUUGCAAUCCUAGAAAUUUAUAGGAUUUUGUCAGAAUCUUGAUUCUUUUGGACGCUGUUCAUAGGUUUUUGUUGUCGUAAACGAAAAUUAUUGCGUUGAGAUGGCGUUCUCACUGUCCAGCAGCAGCAGUGACAGCAGUAACAGCGAUGAAGACCUCACGCUCGUCUCGAGUUCAAGCGAGGAAGAACUGCCAAGACGCUCACGCAGUUUAAUCAGAAGAGUCAAUUACAUGCAGAGCUUGGACGACGCGGAAUUCACAUUUCGAUUUAGGUUAACGAAACCUGCGGUGGAGUUCCUGCUGGCUGAAAUAAUGCCAUUUGUACGAGUGACCUCGACGAGAAAUUUCGGAAUCUCCCCACUGCAUCAGCUACUGAUGUCUUUGCGCUUCUACGCGCUAGGCACAAUGCUGAUAUCAGUAGCUGACUUUGUGGGAGUAUCAAUUGCUACAGCAUGCAGAAUAGUGCGCGACAUCUCGUCAGCGGUCUCGAGGCUUUAUGAUAGAUAUAUUUUUAUGCACCAGAACAGCGCUGCAAAUUUUUACACGAUUGCUGGGUUUCCUCGCGUGCUAGGUGCAAUAGACUGCACACAUGUACGCAUACAAUCGCCUUGUCAUCUGAUAGGUGAAGAAUUUAGAAACCGGAAAGGUUAUUUUUCCCUCAAUGUACAAGCCGUUUGUGAUGCGGAUUUACGCCUAAUGAAUGUUGUUGCUCGGUGGCCAGGGUCUGCACAUGAUGCCACCAUAUUUAACAACUCCAUGCUAAAGGCUCAAUGUGACUCCGGAGAAUUUGGAAACCGGUGGUUGCUUGGCGACAGCGCUUAUCCCAACACUCCAUAUUUACUGACUCCUCUUUUGAACCCCAGUACAGUGGGUGAUCAUCGAUACAAUGAAGCUCAUAUUAAAACAAGGAACACAAUUGAACGAACAUUUGGAGUUUGGAAACGCCGGUUUCCAGUAAUCAGCUUAACAUUGCGACUAUCACUGCCUAAUAUCCAAGCAGUAGUCAUAGCGACAGCUGUACUGCACAACAUCUGCAGGAACAUGAAUUUAGAAGAUGUUCCCUCAGAAAUUGAGAUGCCAGCUGAGGAUAAUAUCGAGGAAAGAUGGCCUGAAGAAUUAAAUAUUAGUCAAAGGGCUGACUUGAUUAAUAAUUUUUUUAGUUAGGUUUAAAAAAAGUUAAAAAAAGAGGGAAUUUUUAAUAAA